AUGUCAUCUAGUGACUCCACAUACCAACCGAUGUCAUCCGAUGACUCCACAUACCAACCGAUGUCAUCCAGUGACUCCACAUACCAGCCAAUGUCAUCCAGUGACUCCACGUACCAACCGAUUUCAUCUAGUGACUCCACACCACUGCAAAUGUCAUCCAGUGACUCCACAUACCAACCAAUGUCAUCUAGUGACUCCACACAACUACAAAUGUCAUCCAGUGACUCCACACCCCUACCAAUGUCAUUUAGUGACUCCACAUACCAGCCAAUGUCAUCCAGUGACUCCACAUACCAACCAGUGUCACCUACUGACUCCACAUCCCAUUCGAUGUCAUCUACUGACUUCACACCGCUACAAAUGUCAUCUAGUGACUCUACACCACUACAAAUGUCAUCCAGUGACCCAACAUCUCAACCGAUGUCAUCCAGUGACUCCACACCACUACAAAUGUCCUCCAGUGACUCCACAUACCAACCGAUGUUAUCUAGUGACUCUACACCACUACAAAUGUCAUCUAGUGACUCCACCUCACUACAAAUGUCAUCCAGUGACUCAACACCUCACCCGAUGUCAUCUAGUGACUCCACAUACCAAUCGAUGUCUUCCAGUGACUCCACACCUCAACAAAUAUCAUCUAGUGACUUAACACCUCAACCGACGUCAUCCAGUGACUCCACAUACCAGCCAAUGUCAUCCAGUGACUCCACAUACCAACCGAUAUCAUCUAGUGACUCCACACCACUUCAGAUGUCAUCUAGUGACUCCACACACCAAUCAAUGUCAUCUAGUGACUCAACUCCUCAACCGAUGUCAACCAGUGACUCCACAGCACAGCCGAUGUCAUCUAGUGAUUCGACUCUACCACCAAUGUCAUCUAGUGACUCCACAUACCAGCCAAUGUCAUCCAGUGACUCCACAUACCAACCGAUAUCAUCUAGUGACUCCACACCACUUCAGAUGUCAUCUAGUGACUCCACACACCAAUCAAUGUCAUCUAGUGACUCAACUCCUCAACCGAUGUCAACCAGUGACUCCACAGCACAGCCGAUGUCAUCUAGUGAUUCGACUCUACCACCAAUGUCAUCUAGUGACUCCACACCACUACAAAUGUCAUCCAGUGACUCCACACCACUUCAGAUGUCAUCUAGUGACUCCACACCCCAACCAAUGUCAUCCAGUGACUCCACAGCGCAGCCGAUGUCAUCCAGUGACUCCACAUACCAGCCAAUGUCAUCUAGUGAUUCGACUCUCCCACCAAUGUCUUCUACCAAUGUCAUCUAG